AUUUUAAACCCUAAUUCUAAAACCCCACCCCUUAACUCUAAACCCUAAGAUUUAGAUUAAUUAACCCAAAGGGUAUAAGUGUAUAUUUACCUCUUUAAUGAAACCUAUUUUUGUGACUUUGAGCCUUGAAUGCUAUUUUGGGAACAAAAACUUGGUUUAGUGCUAUCCUAGUCUUUUUCUCUUUAUUAUUUACAAAACUGAUUUAUAGUGGCCAAAUUGUAAAUUACAAAUAUUAAUUGGUCUUGUGUUUUGAAGUUUUUUUUUUGCUGGUUUAAAUAGAUAAAGAGGAUUAAAAGAGCAAAAGUUCACUUUUGUACUUUAUUAUGUUUGAUAUAUGAUCAAGUUCUCAUUUUAUAGAUUUUAUUGGUGUUUAAAAAAUAAGAAAUGAGAUGAGAACAAAAAUUAAAAAAAAAGAAUGAUUAAAAGCAUAAAUAUAACUAAUUAUACAAGUCUUUAAAUUUAUAAUGCAUAUACUAAUAAGUAUUCAUAAAAUAAUUAUAUUUACAUGCACAGACGAAAUACCUAAUUUCAUAAUAUUUAAAUAUAAUAGCCAAAAAUCAUCGAAAGAAGAAAACUCUUACAAUUUUAAUAUUUAAAACUAUUAAAUGUAUUUUUUUUGUAUUGAUAUGAAAUGUUUUUGUUUAUAUUAUUUUACCAACAAUUAUUGAUUAUUCGCUCUUUUUAUGAUAAAUUAAUGUAGUUGAAGAGGAGAAAAAACAAAAAAAAAAAACCUUUAAAUAAUACAUAGAUACAUCAACAAAAACAUAAAUAUUAGAAUUUUUUUUAAAAUAAGAUAAUAUUUUUAAAAGAAAUUGGUAAAUAUGUCUUGUUACUUUAAAGUUCAUCUGUAAACACAGGUUCUUAUCCAAAAAAUUAUGUUUAAAUGAGAAAAAUUGAUUAGAUCUUGUCUCUAAUUCUAAUGGUGCACAUUCAAUUAAAAGAUUAAAUUAUAGUAAAUCAUCAAAGACACAUCAUCCAGAUAAACUUUUUGUAUUUUUCAUUGAAGAUAUAGCUACCAACCCACCAAAACCCAGAAGAAAAAUAAUUGAUAAUGCAAAUGUCUGGAAGAAAAGAAAAAACAGCUAGGGCAGCUUUGACCAUCCCUCCAAACUUAAAAGAAGAAACGUCGCAAAACCUAUAUCAAACAUAUUAUUAAGAAAAUCUAGAAGGAAACAAAGAUUAGACAAACAAAAUAAAGAGAUAUAUAUUAAAAAGUCUGCCAAAUUGACCAGAGAAGAUAAAUGUCAAAUGAAGGAAGAUGUUUUAGCCUUUCUAAUUUAUAUAAAAAAAUAACUUAAGGGCAUCAUAUCCUUAAAAUUUUAAUACAAACCAAUCCAUCAUCUUUUUGUGGGUCUAUAUAUAUGCACACAUGCUUGCUUGUUGCAUUUACAUAUCCUUUUAUCCUAGUUGUUUGCAUAUUAUAAAGUUUUGAAAAAUGGAGAUGAGGUUCUUAUUAUGUAGCAGCUUGACUUUGGUAUUCAUGUUGGCUUUGGGUGAAGCAGCUGGGGAAAUAAUGAGAUGGAACAGAAAAGAGAUGGUGGAGAUGGCUGGCUACGGCGAAGACAAACUCUCCUCCGUCCUUGUCACUGCAUCUCUUCUCUCUUCUUCCUCCUCACCUAUUCCUGGUGCUACGGUUGGCAUCAAGUGCCACACUGGAUAUAGGAAGAGAUCUAAAUGGAUCAAAGCUGUCACAAAUGCGUUGGGACAAUUCACCAUUGAUCUUCCUUCUCAUCUCCAUGCAAUUCCUGACCUAGAAAAGGCUUGUUCCAUCAAACCACUCUCUGUUCCUAAACCAUAUCAAUGCUCUCCCACCAAGACUCAAAGAGGCAUAAAACUCGUUUCCUCAUCCAACGGUUUGCGAGUCUACACAGCAGGCAACAUCACCUUACACAGAGGUCCAUGUAAAUAGAGAUUUUAGAUUGAUGUUUGAUAUUUGAUAUUUUUCUAUAUGGUUCCUUCUCACUUAUUGAGAGAAAGAGAACUAGUCUAUUUUUGUAUAUAAUGUUUACUUCAUUCUCAAAUCUUUUUGCUUGUAUUGAGAAGACUAUGAUUUACUUUUA